UUUGCCGAACGAAAGCUGUGAAUUACUUGAAUUGUGAACAAAUCGAAAAUAAGUUGAGAAGCUUAUUGUUUUUAAAUUUUUAGUAUUUGUCUAAAUAAAUUUAGUGUUGCUUUGUCUUUAUAUUGUGAACUUGUAAUUCGUAUUUGAUUAGUUUAUUUGUGUCAUACAUUUAUUGCAAGAUUGAGGAAUAUGGAUGUAACAACCCCAAUAGUUUUUGGCUCCAUCUUUGUGAUUGCAUCGGUAUCACUGUUUUUGGUUUACAAAUUUGGUAUGAAAAAAAAAAGUUAUGAAGAAGCAUUGGCGGAACAAAGGCAACAGACAAGCGCUCUAUUAGCAGCCAAACCAAAAGCCAAAGAAAAAAGGAAUAAAAAAAUAGCCAAAAAGUUAAAGGAAAAACCUGCGGUGGCCGCGUUAAAUGAAGAAACUAUAACCGCUGAAGAACCUACAGAACCCAGUGUGUCACAACAAUCCAAACAUCAUGUUGAAUUUAAGGAGGAACGGGAAGAAGUAGAAAUACCACCUUCAACUGAAGAUGUAAAAGAGAUACAAAUUACUAAUAAGAAACAAGUGAAAAAAGUGCGUCCGAUUCUAUUAAAAAAGGGGCCUAGCAUUCCUGAACAAGUUGUCACUUUAGAUACACCACUGAAUCAUUUCGAAGAAAUUAAGCCCAAGGAUGAAUUUGAACUGUUGAAAAUUAGUAGUAAAGAAGAGCUCAAUAAGAUACCUGUCCAAGUGAAAACAAAUGAAAAGGAAAAACCACAAAAAAAAGCUAAACACAAGGUCGAACAACAGCACAAGAUUAAACCAACAGAACCUCUGAUUACAGAAGAACAGAAAGAAUUUGAGGAAAAAGUAACAGAAAUCAAGAUUGUCCCUCUAGAUUCUGAGCCUGCCUUAAAUGUUGGAAAAGAGAAAAAGAAAAAGAAAAAUGAUAACAACUUAAAGCAUCCCCGAACAAUGGAAAUAGACGAACUAACUAAUUUGGUGCGUAAAGCUGAACUGUCUCGUACUGAAGUUCAAAUGCUUAUUGAUCUCUUACUGAACAAGCAGCUGGAGGCGCCCUCUAUCAUCGACGAAUGGACCGAAGGCAAAUCAGAUCCGGUGCAGAAGCUGAAGAAACAACUCGCCGAAAGAGAGAAACAAUUGGCGGACGAACAAGAAGCUCUUGUGGGCGUACAAGCUAAACUUAAAGAAAUAAGGAAUGUACAAUUAACGGAAAGAACUCAGUGGCAACAAAAACUUAAGCUGCUGGAGGAGUCGAAGCUGGAGCUCGUGGCCGCCAACAACCAUUUCCAGCAAAAAAUUCUGGAAAUUCAGGAACGCAGAGACGAGGAUCUCGUAAACGUGCAAAAGAUUAUCGAUGAAAACAGUACAUUAAAGGUUAAAUUAAUAAAUUAUCAGGAGACCGAGGGAUUAAUCCACACCCUGAGAACCGAGAAUGAACAUCUGGGCAGUGAACUACAAAGACUGAGCAGAGAGAUGCAAGAGCAGCAGCAAGGUUAUGUUAUGCAGAUCAAUAAUUUGCAGCAAGAGGCUAAAGAAAACAUAAGAGCGCUGCAGAGAGGGCACGAGUUUGCUGUUCAUAAGCAGAUGGAUGAAAUGAGAGGCUUGAGUGAAGAAUUGCAAAGACUUAAAAACGAGUACGGUAAUAUCUACCAAGAAAGGCAAGAUUUGGCAAAUCUGCUUUCUCAACUGAGAGUCGAAAAUGAACAACUAAGAGAAGAACGAGAUACUCAAAUAAACGGGUCAACGGAAGAAAGUAAGGCCCAGGAAAUUAAAGUGCUCAACCUCACAAACGAUUUGUCUUCCAUUAGAAACGAGCUGUCAUCGGCGACGUUAAAAUUUAAAGAGGCGGAACAAAAUUACAAAGCGGAACUGGCGCUGUCGGAUCAAAAAUUAAAUAAAUUGCAUUCAGAAAUGGAAGAACAAAAACAAAAAAACAAUGAGUUGCGCCAAAAGAAUUGGAAAGUGAUGGAAGCCUUAAACGCUGCCGAAAGCAGGAAUUUGUCUGCCAAAAAUAGCACCGCAGACGUAGAUAAGAUUUCUACUGAAGCACAUAGAGAAUUUAUUCUCGAAAUGUUUCCUGAUAUUGAAGACUUGAGAAGAGUAACUUCGAGCGAUUGGCGCACAGAAUUUGAAAGAAUAAUUAAGAUGCAACUUUCCCGACCGCAUAAAGAGCCGGCUACAUCCCUUGAAAAUGUGAAUGACAGUAGGAGGAUUACGACGCUGCAGGCUGAAAAUCAGCACUAUCAGAAAUUAAUAGACGAUACGGACAAACUGUUGAACAAUCUUCAGUUGCACAUAGCGAAUGAAGAAAUAAAAUGGAGAAGCCAAUUAGUUGCGAAAGACUCGGAAUUGCAAAGGUUAAAUGGUGACGUAUCUAAGUUAUUAGAAAAAGUAGCCAGUUUGGAAAGUCAGGUUCUCGAGGAAAGAACUCGCAGUAACAGAUUGUUAGGUGAUGGGAUUCAAAUUCGUAACAAAAACGAAACAAAAGUAAUACAUUCCGAUGCCACCUCUAUAAUUGAAAAGCUCUCAGAGGAAGUGGAUCGCUUGCGAGAGCAGUUGAGGUUAGAAGACAGUAAAAAGAGUGAUAUUGAUAUGUAUCAGAAAGCACAAAAUUACAUUUCUAAUUCGACAAAUGGAUCAGUAACCACUGAGUCUGUUGUUUUAGGAUGUCACCAGCUAAUCUAGAGCGAGUUACCUAUACAGAUGCCUUAGCAUUUGUACUUCUACUUAUUAAAACACUUAAAUAAUUAAUAUAUUUAUUGUUACUCUUAUUUGCAUAUAAUUUUCUUGGCCUUUCAUUUUUUAAAAACGUUUUGUGCAAUAAUUAAGAAGUUAUACUGUCAUUAUUAUAGCCAGUUUAUUAUAAUUUGUAUUUUGUAAUUAAAGUUAUUUUUAAUUACCACAUUUUUACAUAAACAAGCUGUAUUUUGCCUUAUCUGUAGCAAAAAAGACCUGCCAUUUUAGAUAAUGUUUCCUUUAAUUUUCACACCAAAUUUUCUUUAAAAAAUGUUAUAUUUGUAUACAAAGGAUAGAAUUUGACUAACACUGCUUCACCAGUCUGAACAUCAGUACUUUUGCUAAAACAACUACCGUUAUAUGACGCAUCAAAAUUUUUGGCAAAUUAGAUUAUUUCUCAGUAAAAAUAACCUCAUAAAUACUAGUUUUCAAAAGUUAUUUACAUUAAUCUAUAUUUGCAAAAAUGAAUUAAUUAUGCAAGAAGCUAAAGGAGUCUUAAAUCGCUUCACAUCCUUGUGCUUCAUUAUUAAUGUUUUGCAAUUUUAAACUUCUAGUUUCAAUAAUCCCUUUCACACAUUGUAUCAAUAUAUUAUUGGCAGUGACUGCAUAUCUAGGCAUGAAUUACAAUUAAAAGAGAUUAAAAAUUUAGUUCCUAUUGAUAUGCUUUGCUUAUAAGCUAUGAAUUUGCUGGCAGUCAAAUUUAGAAGGCAAAACUCCAUCCACCAUGAUUAUCCUCUUGCUAAAUCCCAUUUUGUAU